CUCCCACCGCCCGCCGGCCGCAGCGCCCCUCGUCCGAGCACAGGGUCAAAGUCUCUCACUGAGGAACGUCAAGAGCUGGGAAAGCCACCCACGAUGGAUCGCCUCCUUCUGGCUCUGCUUUUCCUUUUGCAAGGGGUCGCAGGAAGCAGCCGCCACGCAGAAGACUUUCGAUUUUGUGGCGAAAGAAGCCAAACGAAUAAAAGCCAUAUCACUUAUCAGAUGCGGCCAGAGAACAUCAUCAUCACCAUCGAGAACAGUGCUGACAUGCUGAAGAUAAGUGCGCCAUUCCCACCAAACCUUGUAAACUUCUCUUUACCCGACAAGUUGGGGAACUACCGCUUCUGCCUCUACUGGUACCAAAGGGAUAGGAUUUUCAACCUCACGUACGGCAGAAACAACUACACGCUGAGUACCGAGGCAGAGCCUUCCUUCCACUUUUCAAACCCAAGCGCACCGCAGAAUAGAAGUGGGGUUCCUGUGCUUUCCAGCGUGUCCUACGCCUACGGCAAAGGCCUGCAGAACACCUCCCUCAGCAGCGCUGCUGUUUACUCCUUCUCCAUCCGUGACAUCAGCAGGGUGCAUGCGAUUGAAGAAGAAUUAAGGACUUUAGCAAACUACAUGAAGACACCCACUGGAAGAAAGACCAUUGCACCAUAUGAGAGACUUCGGUGUUUGGAAUCGGACCUGGAACAGGUGGUGUUUGAAGGGGAGAACAAGACUUUUGGGACGAGUACAGUGCGUGCGACUGUUUUGAAGAUAGGGCCCAGUAAAGCCUCUCAGGAUCUGCCCUUCAUGUCUGAACUGGAGGUGGGCAGAGAGGUCCAUGGGUUUGAGGUGAAUCUGCCGAGGAUCCUCUUUGCACAGGUGAAGGGCAGGGUGAGGAAUGCUGAGAAGCGAGUGGUCCUGAUGGAUAUCAACAACAAGGCCCUUUUCCGGGACCAGAACAGCAGCAGGGUGCUCGGUGAAAAGGUGAUUGGCAUCACCGUGGGGAACACCUCCGUAUCAGGCCUCCCACAGGACGUGGUCCUCAAAUUCUUUCAUGUCCAGCUACCGAGGAACGUGACUCCACAGUGCGUGUUCUGGGACAUGAACUCCAGCCAUAGCCAAGGCAGCUGGAAAAAUGAUGGCUGUGAAACAGAGACGGGUAAUAACCAGACAGUCUGCCGUUGCAACCACCUCACCUAUUUUGCUGUGCUGAUGAUGUCCUCUCCAGAGAUAGAUUACAUCCACAAGGAGUACCUGACGAUUAUCACCUACAUUGGCUGCAUUGUCUCAGCUGUGGCUUCCCUCUUCACCAUCAUCUUCUUCUGCUGCUGCUCCAGGAGGAAGCACAGAGACGGCACCGUAAACAUCUACAUUCACAUGAACCUGCUGGGGGCCAUCUUCCUGCUGGACGUGAGCUUCCUCAUCACUGAGCACUUGGCCUCCAUCGGCAGCGAGGCAGCCUGCAAAGCCAGCGGCAUGUUCCUGCACCUCUCUCUGCUGUGCUGCCUGACCUGGAUGGGCAUUGAGGGCUACAAUCUCUACAGGCUGGUGGUGGAGGUCUUCAACACCUACGUGGAGCACUUCAUUCUCAAGCUCUGCCUGGUGGGCUGGGGGCUUCCCAUCUUUAUCGUGGGUGUGAUCUUCCUGGCGGGUCCGAGAAAUUAUGGACCAUUCCCCAUUGCAGUAGUUGACUCCCUUGAGAAAUCCACCAAUGCAACCAUAUGCUGGAUCACAGCCCCCCUGAUCCAUAACAUAGUCAACCUGGGCUUCUUCAGCCUGGUGUUCCUCUUCAACACGGCCAUGCUGGGAGCCAUGGUGCGGGAGAUCCUCAGGCAGAGAAACAGAGGCCACGAGCUUAAGCACGCCCUGGUUCUCCUGGGGCUGAGCCUGGUGCUGGGCAUCCCCUGGGCACUGGCGUUCUUCUCCUUUUCCUCGGGAUCGUUCCGGCUCGUCGUCAUCUACCUCUUCACCAUCAUCAACACUUUGCAAGGCUUCCUCAUCUUCCUCUGGUACUGGUCAAUGGUGCUGCAGGUCAGAAAGUCAAAGUCCUACCCCUCACUGAACAACUCCGACAGCGCCAGGUUGCCGAUCAGCACCAGCCGCACGAGCGCAGACUGAAUCACCCGCUUUCUCCGGUCACAGCUGGGACUGUCUCUGCCCCGUGAGUCAAGAACCAGGGAUCGCACUCCCGGAGGGGAGGUGGAGGCAUCACGUUUGUCUGAUGCUCCUGCUUUGCUACACGCGGCCACGUAUAAUCACAAGGAAUGUAGAGAAAUUCACACACUCUGAACGGCCAGCAUGGAGUCUGUUAUACGCUAAGAGCACGGCAGCAGCUCGGUUUCUCUCUGCACAUUCCCUUCUGGAUCUCUCCGGUCCAGCCCUGCCUGGUUCCCAUUGCAUUAAACACCAUUCUUGUAUCACACGCACACACCUGGGCUCCCAGGUAGAUCACCACUUCAGUAUAAAGUCACGGGGAAAGACAGAGGGUGUUAUAAGCCAGCAAGGGCUGCAGCCUUCUGACAGGGGAUCGGGGACCUAGUCUGUUUCAUGCUCCUUUUACAGCUCUUUCCACAUCACAGCCUAGAGGGAGGGCAGGGGAGAGCCUGGAAUCCACCUUUCCCAGGGCUCCAGUCACAUCAGGCAGCUGCCAAGUGAAUCCACAGUGCAGAGGAGAGAUUGGGCAGCUGUAAAGGUUUCAUUUUCUUCAGAAUGCAGCACAGGCCCAUGAGCGGCUGUGGCAGGUCCAGACUGGACCAGGCACGUGGGGGCUAUGUGCCCCUUAGGUAACAAGGCCUGGGGGGUGCUGUCACCCCUCCUGCCCAAGGUAUGUGGGGUGCUUCUGGGGGAGCUUGAGGCCAUGGGGCUGUAGCAGACAGCCCUCGGUGUACAGGUGCAACUCAGCGCUGUGUCUCCCAUUCAUCAGACCUGCAUGCUGUUCUGCCAGUGCUUCCCCAACAGCUACCCAGCCCUGGGCCUGAAAGAUCAGGCCAGCCAGGACGGAGUUGAUGCUAGAGAGUUGGAGGGAUGCUCCAGAGGCCAUGGCAGAGCUGGAGAUUGCUGAUCCCAUUCCUGAAGGGGGGUGGUCCUCCUGUUGCAUUGUAAUGUGGUGAUGUCCUUGGGUUCUUCACGUGGGCCUAGAAUCCCAGCUUGCUUCAAUGAUUGUGAAAGCCUCUUUUCAUCUGCAGCUGGCCAGGAUCUUUCACCCUUCUCUUGCACAUCUGGCUUUCACUUAUCCUAGGGUUACCAUAUUUGAACUUUCAAAAAAGAGGACACUCCGGGGGGGUAGCCCUGCCCCCUAGCC